GCGGAACGCUAGCGGCCCAUAGUUACAAGACGCAGCGCAGACAGCCGUUGCAUAACAGUGGCCGAAAGGGGCUUGUUUUCCUCCGCCGGCAACCUUAUGUAAGGCGGCUGCUAUAACGCGUUACGUGUGUUUUCGGAAAUUUGGGAACUUGAGUCCCGUGAUUCUUAGUUGUGCGAGACGUGCAAAUGGCACGUCCGCACCAGAACUUUUUUUUUGUUGAAUGAAAGUGUUUCUUUCUCUUUGGUUUGCUGAGGGCGCAUGCGCAGUAAAAGUGGCAAACUUUCUCUUGGUUGAUUGACAUUCCCCAUGCGCAUGCUCACAGACACCAAAGUGAUGUGACAGCGUUGACGUCGACAGAUCGCUCGCUUCUCUUGAGCAUGCGCAGUGUGUUGGAAAUGUUGGCGAGCCCUGCGGGGAUAGCUAAUGGGCAUGCGCGGACAUGCGCACUCUCUAGAAGGGAAAGGGUUGGCAGCGGCUCGCCAAUGGACUCGGCUUUGGAUGGAAUGAAUGGUAGUUAGUCGGGUAACUACAAGGUCCCACUGCAGCAUCGAGUAAAGCUUCACCAUCGUGCUGCUGACUGGAGUUACUCAUCCCCUGGAAUCCACCUCCUCCCAUCCAGCCUCUUGGGUACCACUUGUCCCAACCCUGCUGAGAGAUGUGGGUGAAGGCUUUGUGUGUGGGGCUUCUUGCCAUUGCUGUGGGCUUCCUCCAUCACCUGCAUCCAGACAUCCCUGAAGCUGCCCUAGGUUACCUUUCCUCUUCUAUUCAAAGCGUCACCUCUAGGGAUCCAGCUUCCUCCUCGCCGCCCAUUGAAGAAGCCUUCUCUGCGGCCUGGGACAGGCUGAUUGUGGCACCCAGCAAGCACUGGGGGCGGGUAGCAGUGGGAGUCAACGCGUGUGUGGAUAUAGUGCUUUCCGGCAUCAGCUUGUUGCAGGCUUUGGCUCUGACUCCGCAGUCUAAGGAAGAUCACUCCGUGUUAAACUCCCAGGAGGAGCUUGCAGAGACAUUCUUGCAUUACAUGCAGCGGGGAGCGGCUGCAGAACGUUUCUAUAGUGAUGCCAUCAGCUUUGCACACAUCUCCAGGACUGCCUCCCAGGAUCCCAGGGCACAGCACUUUGUGGGAGGGAACGCAGCACUAAUUGCCCAGAGACUGGCGGCCAACCCUGAUUUGGAGGUUCUUCUUUGUGGACCCGUUGGCCCAAAACUACAUGAGCUGCUGGAUGAGCGGGUCUACGUGCCACCAGCUUCUUUGCAGGAACAAGAUGAAUACCAUCUCAUUUUGGAAUACAAAGCAGGUGAGCAGUGGGGAUCCACUCGGGCUCCAGCGGCCAGUCGAUUCAUAUUUUCUCAUGAUUUGUCCAACGGUGCAAUGACGUCGCUUGAGGUUUUGCUUUCUAGCCUGGAGGUCUUCCAACCCAAGCUGCUGGUUCUCUCUGGGCUCCACAUGAUGGAGGGUCUGAGCAAGGAUGCUAGAGAAGGAAGGCUCAGAGAGGCUGCAGCUUCCAUGUCCGAGGUGCCUUCAGAUAUCCUCAUUCACCUUGAAUUGGCUAGUAUGACAGAUGGGGACUUGAUGAGAGGAAUCAUUUACCAGCAGGUCUUCCCUUUCAUCAGUUCUCUUGGGCUCAAUGAGCAGGAGCUCUUAUUUCUCAGCCAAUCAGCCUCUGGCCCCCACUCCUCCAUCUCUGCCUGGUCCGGAAUCCCAGAGGUUGGGAUUGUCAGUGAUAUCUUGUUCUGGAUUCUUAAGGGUUCAGAGAAUGGAGCCUCCACUCUUACCCGAGUUCACUUUCACACCCUGGCCUACCAUAUUUUGGCAACUGUUGAUGGCUUCUGGGGAAAUCAGGUAUCUGCAGUAGCUGCUGGUGCAAGGGUUGCUAGUACUCAGGCUUGUGCCAGUAAAACUAUCAAUGCAAACAGAGUAACAUUAAAGACUCCUUUGGAGUUUUCUACCUCUCAGGAACAGGCGGGCAGUAGAGUCAGGGUGAGCGCACAGGAACCAGUUGCAGUUUGGAGUAGGGAAGGAGUAACAUUCCACUUCACACCAGUUCUCAUCUGCAAAGACCCAGUUCGGACUGUGGGGUUAGGGGACGCAAUAUCAGCAGAGGGACUCUUAUUCUCUGAGGCAACAUCUCAGUAAGGUAUCACAUACUUCUAUCCUAAGCCUCAAAAAUGUUUAAAGCUGAGUACUGCCCUUUUUGAGAGUCCCAUUCCAUUAUAAUGACAAAACUAUGUGUGGAUAUAUUGGAGUGCAAGUUCCUGGGUUUGAAUCUGCUGGCAGUGAUGGAAUGCUUGUGUACAUGGCUUCUUUCCUCUUCUGAUGCUUUACACAUAUGUUGUUGAUUCGGCAAAGCAGAAAUGUCCAUAAAGUAUUUUUGAUAAUUGUGGCUUCAGUGAUUAAAAGGGAAACAGUACCUGCAUGUGGAUA